GGUUUGUUAGGGCCACACAAAGAUGGCGCCGUCCAAGAAGAAACACGCCACAAGCCAGCCCUGUAUUAUUCCUGGAGGAUUUGCGGUGUUGUCUAUACAGUUCAGUCCCGACAGUGUUGCACGACACUCGCUGUACGUGAAAGAGCACAAAGUACGAGCAGAGAAGACCUCCGGCAGACCUCUGGACCGGACUCUGUUUGUGCUCAACAUCCCUCCAUACUGCUCAGAGGUUGAUGUCAAACAGCUGUUCUCACAGUUCGGUGAUGUUCAGUCGGUGGAGCUCAGAGAUCAUCCAGGUUCCUCCCAUGAGUCUGGACCCAGACUCUCCAAGUUCUUCAGACCAGCUGAAAAACAGGGAUUCAAAGUCGGCUACAUCGUGUUUAAAAAACCCUCCAGUUUACCGGCGGUUAAAUCGCACCCACAUGACGUUCCUCUGGUCAUCAGCACGAAGCAGCAUCCAGUGAAAACAGGAGUAGAGAAAUGGAUCCAGCAGUACACGGAGUCUUUCAUUCAGCCGGAAAAACUGCAGCAAAUAGUCGACUCUUUCAUGGAAGACUAUGACAAGCGUAAGCAGCAGGAAGAAGAGCGUCAGAAAGCGGAGGCCAACCAGCAGCAGGAGGACGAGGAGGGCUGGGUGAAAGUCACCAGAGGACAUAAAGGGGCUAAGGCCCGCCCCCACAGCGAGGCAGCCAAUCAGAGGGCACUACAGAAAGAGAUGAGGAAGAAGAAGAGGAAGGAGCUGAUGAACUUCUACACCUGGCAGCACAGGAACACGCAGAAAGAACAUAUUGCUGAACUAAGGAAAAAGUUUGAAGAGGAUAAACAGAGAAUAGCUCUACUGAGGGCGCAGAGAAAGUUCAGACCAUACUGAGUCUACAUUUAUUUUUCCUUUGCUCAUUUAACUUCUUUUUUUUUAUGUCAUAACGCUGAAGGUUUAUAUAAAUAAACUAUUAUCCUAAUGGA